CGAGCCUUGACCUGGAGCCGGCAGCAUUGGCUCGGCUCCGCGGGCCUCGCUUCGAAGCUCCUCCUCCGUUCCGGUCUUUCUAGAAACUCCGCUGUGCUCCCGACCUGCCGGACAGCGUCCCCGGCGCCCGCGAGUCCCGGAUGGCGGAUACGACCCCGAACGGCCCGCAGGGGGCCGGCGCCGUGCAAUUCAUGAUGACCAAUAAACUGGACACAGCAAUGUGGCUCUCUCGCCUAUUCACAGUUUACUGCUCUGCUUUGUUUGUUCUGCCUCUUCUUGGGUUGCACGAAGCGGCAAGCUUUUAUCAGCGGGCUUUGCUGGCAAAUGCUCUUACCAGUGCUCUGAGGCUGCACCAGAGAUUACCGCACUUCCAGCUCAGCAGAGCGUUCCUGGCCCAGGCCUUGUUAGAGGACAGCUGCCACUACCUGUUGUAUUCACUCAUCUUUGUCAAUUCCUACCCUGUUACAAUGAGUAUUUUCCCAGUCUUGCUAUUCUCUUUGCUUCAUGCAGCUACGUACACGAAAAAGGUCCUUGAUGCAAAGGGUUCAAAUAGUUUACCUCUACUGAGAUCUGUCUUGGAUAAAUUAAGUGCUAAUCAACAAAAUAUCCUGAAAUUCAUUGCAUGUAAUGAAAUAUUCUUGAUGCCUGCUACAGUCUUUAUGCUUUUUAGUGGUCAAGGAAGUUUACUCCAGCCAUUUAUAUACUAUAGAUUUCUUACUCUUCGGUAUUCCUCGAGAAGAAAUCCAUAUUGUCGGACUUUGUUCAAUGAACUACGGAUUGUUGUUGAACAUAUAAUAAUGAAACCUGCUUGCCCCCUGUUUGUGAGAAGACUUUGUCUCCAGAGCAUUGCCUUUAUAAGCAGACUGGCUCCAACAGUUGCGUAGUUUGAUAUCCAGCUAAGUUAUCUAUAAUCUUAGCAUUCUUAGCAGCUGGUACUUCUGUUAGGGAUUGUUAAUUCCAAAUGUAACACUGACCUCAAUCUAAUUUACGUAAUUCACAUAAAUGCAUCUCAAUGGAAAUCAUGUACCUGGCAUGUUAAAUCAAGCCUUCUGAAAAAAGUUCCCGAGAAAAAUUUUUCUGUGCUCUGUUGUUAAUGAUUAAGGAAGUUUGUAUAUUAUGAUCAUUGUAUCAAAAAUUUUUAGAUGCUGCUGUGCCUUUAUCAUGAAGUACAUUUAUUUCUCUUGUGGAAAGAGCUCUAAAAUUUAUUUAGACCUAAUUGGUAACCUGAAUUUAUAUCUGACCUGAGUUCAUUAUGGUGAUAUUAAAACAUAGAUGAAUUCAGUAUAUUUCGAGACAGUAUUUUGCCAUUCAGUAAUUUUAGUUGAUGAUUUUUUAACACUGUAUUUAAUUUCAAAUUAUUUAAAGUGAUUUUGUGCUGCUUUGUUGGGACAAGCUUAUUUUGGAUGUACUGUUCUGAGGAAUUUUCUCUGUCUUAGGCUGUGAGAUCUUUCAAAAUUUUGUUUCCAUCAUUUUUUCUGUGACUUUUUUUUUAAGCUUAUUAGCCAAUUGGUUAAUAUUUGGGGUCACCUACCCAUUUUACAUCAGAAAGCAGUAGUCAUACAGCUUGCUUUCAGAGACCCAUUGAGUAAGUAAUAUUUCUCAAAUAGGAAACUCUUUUCCAAGUGUAGACACCGAGGUUGUUAGUGUUAUUUUAAGUUACAGAGUUAACUAGAUAAGAUUCUUGACUGCCAAUUUUCUUGGUUUCUUAGGCUUGACUUUUCAUAGACAAAUGCAGCAGUUCAGAUGCCUUUGAAAGGAAUAUAGCUGAAGAUUGAGCAUGUGAACUUUACUUGGUUUCUGUUCAGAAAUAAUAAUGAAGAUUAUCCUAUAAAUUACAUAUUUACCCAUCAAAUUUGAUAUAAAAGGUUAGAUCAAAAGGUAAUGAUUAAGAAGGAUGCUGGAGAAGAUGUUGGGGGUAAAGUGUGCAUUUUAGUUUCGUAAAACAUAGGUAAUUUUGACAAAAUUAGGUUUAUUAUGCAACUGUGAUUGAGUUGUAGAAGAUGUUAAAUUGUUUGUUGAGCUUCCAUACAUUUCUUUAUAAAUUCACUCUGAUCUUUAUUAUCGUUGCAUGAUUGAAAAUGUUUAAAACAUUGCAAAAGUUUUAGUAUAGUGUAAUGAUUUUUGUGACCAAUUUUCUUCUGUCUGCAUGUAAUACGGAUUUCUCAAAUACACACACACUACUAACUUAACAAUAACGUUAGUUUUCUUUCAUUUAACUCCCAGUCAACAUAAAAAUGUGAUCUGCCUUGAUAACUCAGCUGUAACCAUCUAUUUUUGUAUUUUUGUAAUAUUUAUCUACUAAGUUAGAGAAGUUGCUUUUUACCAUUCAGUUGAUGUGUGUAUGUGUGUGGGCUAGCCACAUUUUCACUCUGUAUGUAUUCUGAUGGUUUUAAGAACUAAAUUUUUUAGAGCAAUAAAAUAACUGUAAUGUUAAGUAACUAGUAUAUUAUUGAUUUCUAGUGAUGUUUUUAAAAAUUAAAUGUUAUGAAAAAUUGGCAGCUGAAAUAUUUUUUAAGUAACUAGGUUUUUUGUUUCCUUUCGUUUUUCUGCCCUAAAUCUUGAGAUAAUUUAAAAAUGUAUUAAAAAAAAAAAGCUGCAAGAAUAGUACAGAGAUUCCUAUGUGUUUCUGUGUACUCUUUACUUUGUAGUCUUAUUCAGCUUCAUGUAUGUCAGUUAAUACGUUACGUAACUAUACAACAUUUACCAAACUGGAGAAACUAACUCUGGAAUGAAACUAUUAACUAAAGUAUAGUUUACUCAGAUUUCACCAGCUUUUCCAUAUUUUAGAAUUUCUUUUUGAAUGCUUUGUUUUUACCAUGAUUGUCUUACACUUUUAUUGAUGUAUAACUAUGCCUCUUUUUGAAUUUUUCCUUUUUAAUUUGAAAAUUACUAUCAAUCAAAAAUAUUUCCUUAAAUAAUUUGUUUUAACACAAAGAAUUUUAUUAAAGCUAUUAUAAUUUAAACACCCUGUUUUUGAAAGUUGAGGCUUUUAAUCACAUAACAUAUGUCUAUUCCUGAUAAUAUACUUCUGUAUAUUCUUUAAAGAGAGGCUUGGUUUGAACUUUUUCAUGGCUUUAAGCUCAUGAAAAAAUGCAUUUUAAAAUUGGAGCAUUAUCAGAUGAUGUUUGUUUGCAUGAACUUGUAGUUAGAAAUUUUGCAAAAUGAGUAUGUUCAAUAUACUAAUUGAUUUGACACCUAAAAUUACAGUUUAGCAUGCACAGCUGUCAGAUGAAAAUUUAGGAAAUAAAAUAACAGAAUUAAUGCAGGAGAAAAAAAUUAAUAUAGCUGCAUAACUCAACUUAUUUUCAUUUGCAGGGUAAAAAAUUAAGUUGAUUUAACAUCCAGAAUAUCUGAUUCUUCAGAAAGUGGCAUAGUGCUAUUGGUUUUCUAGCACUUUUAGAUUUGAUGAUGUUAAGACAGACAUUAAACCCUCUUGGAUAGAUGGAAACCAUAUUCAAAAUCUAUUUGCUCUAACAAGGAUUCUAUUUCUUUUGUGUACUUGAUUCUUCACAAGUUUAAACUUUGAUUUAACAUGAGUAGAGAAAGUUCAAUAACAAUUUGUAUUUGAUAUUUUGGAAAUAAAGUUUGGUAGUUUCUUUUGGAAGUUAGCAAGAAAAACUUUUUAAAAAAUUAAAUUUAGGGUCCGAAACUGGAGUGAUAGUACAACUGGUAGGGUGUUUGCCUUGCACGCAGCCGACCUGGGUUCGAUCCCCAGCAUCCCAUAUGGUCCCCCGAACACUGCCAGAAGUAAUUUCUGAGUGCAAAGCCAGGAGUAACCCCUGAGCCUUGCCGGGUAUGACCCAAAAAGAAAAAAAAAAAAAUGGAUAGGAGGAUAGGAGCCUCAGAGAUAAUACAGUGGAUAAGGUAUUGCCUUGCAGGUGGCCAAUCUGGAUUCAAUCGCCGGGAUUCCAUAUGGUCCCCUGAGCACUUCCAAGAAUGAUUCCUGAGUGCAGAACCAGAAGUAACCCCUGAGCAUCACUGGGUGUGGCCCAAUGCCUCCCCCCUCCCAAAUUAAGAUAUUCAGGAAACUCUCAUAGAGAAAAUCAGCAUGCACCUAUUGAAGAAGUUACAAAAGUAACUUAAAAUUAUCAAAUUUCUUUCUUCCAGGAUAAAUGAUAAAUGAAUCCAGAUUAGCUUUUCAAGUUUAGGACGUCAAUAGUAUUCAUCCUAAUAUUAAAAGUCAAUAUAUAUGAUACAAGUAGAAUUAGAGUUGUUUUUUUUUUUAAUUUUGAGAUCAGAAUGAAUGAAAUUAAAAUUUUGUUUGUUCUUGGGCCACACCUGGCUGUGCUCAGGGUAUUCACUCCUGGCCCAUUAGUUAGGAGACUAUGAAGUGCUGGGAAUCUUAAGACUUCUUGUUGGCUAAGAAUGCACUUCAGGGGCUGGAGCAAUAGCACAGCGGGUAGGGCGUUUGCCUUGCACACGGCCCAGCCGUGUUCGAAUCCCAGCAUCCCAUAUGGUCCCCCCAGCACCGCUAGGAGUAAUUUCUGAGUGCAGAGCCAGGAGUAUUACCCCUGUGCAUCUCCGGGUGUGACACACACACACACAAAAAGAAUGCCCUCCAGCCCAUUGAGCCAUCUCUGGUCCCUGACUGAAGACUUUUUUUUUUUUUUUUUUUUUUUUUGCUUUUUGGGUCACACCCGGCGAUGCACAGGGGUUACUCCUGGGUCUGCACUCAGGAAUUACUCCCUGGCGGUGCUCAGGGGACCAUAUGGGAUGCUGGGAAUCGAACCCAGGUCGGCCGUGUGCGAGGCAAACGCCCUACCCGCUAUGCUAUUUCUCCAGCCCCCCUGACUGAAGUUUAAUUUGGAAGGGUUGUGACAAAAACUCAUAAUGCUAAGAGGUUUGUUCUAUUAAUAUAGUUUGCUGAAGCUCCUCCCACAGAUCCCCUUAGGGUCUGUGAGCAUCAAAGCUAUGACCCCAGUUUAGACUAGUUUUGAUACUUGACAUCAAGAUCUCCAAGGAAAAAGUAACCAGGGACAGUUUCAUUCCUGAUCUGUGCUCCACAAGUAGUACCCACAAGUCACUCCACCCUGGGUUUACAGGCCACCUUGGAAAAUGAAGUACUCAGAAGUGCUGAGUUAGCUAUAAGACUAAGCGUCUGAAUUCCAUGAUGCUCAUUAGACAAUUCCUCUGAGUACUUUUUUAAAAAUAACAAAAUGUUCCGAAGCUGAGUGAUGCAGCCUGUUGAUAGCUGCUUUCCAAGUAAGCAGUGUGCAGUAGACCACUGUUGGGAGUGACAUCCUUCGGGUCACAGUCUUCCAGAUUUUGCCUUUCUUUUGCAAGUGCCUAUGCCUGCAUCCCCCAAGCAUACCAGAUAGUAAAACCGUCUUUUGUUUUCAGGUGUGUACGAAGGUGGUACUUAGAAAAAAAAUUAUGGUCAUUAUAGGUCUAGUUUGCUUCAGCAUCUUGAAUCUUUGGCUGUAAUGUCAGGAAUAAUACCCAGAUUCGUACAUACAGCACAAGGUGCAGAGAUAACUAACACUUCACAGGAAUAUUUCUAGGCAUUGGAGUAUUCUCAGAGGCUCUCGGGUAGUUGCUCAGUAGAUCGUACGGACCAAAGUCAUGCAUUUCUGAGUCCAAGAGUUUCCGGACUCUUCAGGGCAGUCACCUAAGGAUCUACUGGAAAGUUGCUGGAUCAAGGAGCUGCUCAAUGUUCGGGAGGAUUCCCGGGAUGAGUAAUUCUAGGACAUGUUUUUCUUUCCAAGGGAUAUUCAGGUGGGUUCUGAGAAGUGACUCGGUGUCCUGUGGGCAGAUUUACCCUCCACUAGGCUUUCUCUUCUUAGGAGAAAAUUUAUAUUUCAAAUUACAAAAUAAGUUGAAAAAUUUUAUAAAAUAAAAUCCAAGGCUGGCUUGCAGUGCAUUUGAGAUAAUCUGUGUGACGAGAAAUAUGUAAAGUAUUGUUUAAUCAAAAGGCAGUUUCUUUUUCUUAGAAAAUGUUAGGGAGAAAAAUGAUUGGUAUCUUUCCUGGAAUAUCAAAGUCCGCUUAUAUUCCAGGAGAUAGAUGGGCCCAAGAGUUUAUUUUUUUCCUUAUAGCUUUCUGAAGCUAUUGUUGUUUUAAUAUGCUUGGUACUUUUUACACUAACUUUUUUUCUUGAUUUUAACAGUUUGAUUCCAAACUUUGACUGUGUUCUUUUGUAGUUAUAAAACAGCACAAAUGUUUUUAAAUGUGAAAUUUUGCUUUCAUACUGAUUUGUAAGUUAAGACCAAAUGGGCAGUCCUGGGUAGGUAACAUUUGUUACCUACGCACACAGUGACAUAAACACUCACAUGUAUUGUGUUGGAGCAAGUGUAAAAGGGUUGCAAAUGUAGGAGGAGUCAUAAAAAAAAAAAGGCUUGAUUUAUAAAUGCAUUACUUUUGGUGCUUUAUAUAAUGGGAUAUAUUGAACUAAAGAAUUUGUAUAUACAGUAUGUCAGCAUUUCUUAGGAACGUCUCCUUAAUCCAUUUUUAAUAUCUAAUAUUGUACAGGUUGGGGAGUUAGACUCUUCAAAAAAGCUAGUACUAUCUGGACUAUAUAAAUUUAUAAAAUAAAUUGAAAAAUUCAUCAUUCCCUAGUAUUCAGACCAAAGCACAUAAAUGCUAAUGUAAGGCUCAGAGGGGAAAUAUAUUUCUCCUGAAUGUUUGAGAAAAUGUGAAGUCCUUUCAAGAAAAUCUAAUAAACAUAAUAAUCAUAGCCUGCUGACACUAAGGAAAAAGGGCUUCAUUCGCUCUUUCUUUUAUGCAGCGAUUUACUGGUCCCUACUGAUUUCCAAAUUGGAUCACUGUAGUAAAUUAUCUAUGCUGGUACCUGUGAAAGUAAGCCCUGAGAUCCAUAUUUGUUUUGUGUUCUGCUUAAAUCAGCAAGAAUGAUAAAUUUGAUGGUGUGAAAUUGGAAGUGUCAAGGGCUUUCGUUGGUGAUUGAGCAAAAUAAUGUUGUCACUUGUAAUUUAUUGUGACCCUUUUUUCACUGUAUGUGCUUUGUAUAUUUAAUAUUUAUUUCAAUACAAAUUAAAUUGUUCAUCUGUAUUGUUA